AUGGUGAUGUUUCGUAUCUUAUGCUGUUUCAUCAGCUGCACCAAGAUAAGACCGUCCUCGCCUCCACCGCAAGUGGAUGAAACAGGCAAGAAAAUUACACCGUCUCCUGCUCCACCGCAAGUGGCCAAAACGGAGAAGAAGAAAAAGCCACCGCCGCCUCCACCGCCGCCAGUAGUUAAAAAGGUUGCGGUGGUGGAUGUGGCGUUGGCUGUUAAAAGAUGA